GAGUACUUCCAUGACCCUAUGGAUUACCACCGACAACGGUUACAGGAGCUUAAUCGUCUCUAUACCACCCAUAAAGAUACCGUGGACAAUCUUCAAGCCGCCGUGCGAAGGGAGAUUCCACUGCUGAUUCACGAGUUUCAGCCGUCGCUGGAUCAAACAGCAGCGCUGGAGGAAUAUGUGAACGAUCCUUUGAAUUUGUUCCGAUUUCUUCGCAAAAGCGAGUUUUCGCUUCCUCACGCUUUAUCGUUCUUGUUGGAUACGUUGAAAUGGCGGCUUCGAGACAAAGUGGAUGAAGUGACCAUGGAGACGGUGCGGUGCAACUUUUUGCAAAAGCCGCUGUGUUUCUUUCAUAAAAGGGAUCAUUGCGGACGACCGGUGCUGGUGGUGCAGCUGAGAUAUCUAGAGUGUCCGGAAAAGGCAGAAUCCAUGAUCGACUAUCUGACACCGAUGGUCAUUUAUGUAUUGGAAACCAUCCGAAAAUUAACGCGUGAUAUUAGCCUGACACGAAUGACCGACCACACAUCGGAUCCGAUUAUUCCGGAGAUGAUGGUCAUGGUCGAUUUCAAGCAAGCCCCAUCGCUGCCUCUGAAUCCAGGUUUAUUGCAGGGACUGAUUCAAUUGCUGAGACGGUAUCCCGGUGUGAUUGGGAUGGUGUGCCUGAUCAACUUUGGCUGGAUGUAUCAGGGCAUCUGGCAAAUGUGCAAACUGGUGCUUUCCGAAGAUGCCAAAAAUAAGGUUCACUUUCCCAAACAGAGACAUCUCAUCGAUCUGGUUCCCGUCCAAGAUUUGCUGGCAGAUCUAGGUGGGCAGGAUGAUCUCAUAUGGAGUCUUGAGAAGGAUCAUAUUUACAACCAAUACCAUUGUCCUUCCGUGACCUUGCCUUCGCCCGUCCUAUCCCCUUUGUUGCGCAGUCGUCGAAGCUCCAGCUCGUCUGUGCACUCCGUUUAUUAUGAUGCUUCCGAUCCUCUCACUCCUCCGCCGCAUCGGUCCUCCCCUUCCUUGAGCGCUUACGCCACUCCCGCAGGCGGUUUGACCCCCACUGUAAGUCACAGCGAUCUCACCAAGUUAGCCAAAGCGUACUCGCACAUCUCUCUCCAUUCCAAACUUCCCACCAUUCCUUUGCGAACCGGUUUUCGAGUCCUGGGUCACUGGUUGAUGCAGCAGCAAGACCGCGGGCAAAUGUCGUCAAGUGCAUUGAUGGAAAAACUUGGACAAUUACAAACAGUUCAAUCUCAGGGCGGCGGCGACGAGCCUUCAGCGAUCAAACUGCCGCGCCACAUGCCAAAGGGCUGGCUACACUGGUUUCCUCUCAGUCUAUCCAAGCUUCAAUGGAUAAUUCAAUGUCUAAUGAUACGCACCAUCAAAAGGCUGGUGCGAUACCGCAAUACCCUAUACUGGAUUGCUGCGUGUGUAUUAUUACGCAAUGGCAUCCAAGAAUUUGUACAAAAUAUGGUGAUGCUGACGAUGGAGGUGUUAACCGAUCAACCUACGGCACUGAAUGCAGUGGGUUUUCGAGGUUUGCUUGGGUUAACGAUGGGUCAAAUGACCCUGUAAAUUUUUUUUAACCAGAAAAAAAAUGAUGAAUGUUAAGAUGAACUUUUCUUUUUCAAU